CUCCUACAAACUCAGCUCGGGGACCCCGCAUGGCUUCACAUCAAAGCCGUCGACAAAGAAACUAACACCAUAGCAGCAUGGGCAAGCUGGGUCACAGUUUCUGAGACUGUAAAAGUGGGGGAAGAGUAUGCUAAAAGGUUGGAUGGCUACGUGCAGCAAGAAGUAGAUAAGAUGUUAGUGGAGUGGACGAAAGGGGAGAGGUAUAUGAGAUGUAAGGCUUGCUUUGUGUUGCCUGAGUUUCAGGGACAGGGGAUGGGGAAGGCGUUGGUGGGGUGCGAGAAUGAUAUUGCGGAUAGAAAGCGUUUGCCCAUUUUUUUGUUGGCUAGUCCUGUUGGAUUUCCGCUUUAUCGGAAGUAUGGGUUUCAGACUCUACAAGAUUUGGAUAUUGAUCUGAGGGAGUGGGUUAAGGAGGACUCGGACCACAAGGUGUAUGGGAAUUAUCGGUUUCGGUUUAUGGUUAAAUUGCCCUCAGUGCGUUGA